GAACAAUACCGAACAAAUGUUAUUUUGAUAUAAUGUAACGUGUGAUAACGUACGAUACGUUAUUUUUACAACGGUUUGUUAUGACUUUUUAUCGUGUCUAUCUUUCUAUCGUGUUUUUAGAUAAAAAUCUUUCGAUUAAUAAUAUUCGAUAUGAAAAAUAAUCAGUUAAGCUUUUAUCAUUUCUGAACUUUUUUAUAUAUUAUUGUUUUUUAUUAUAAAAGCUGCAUUUUUAUUGUGCUUUAGUAAGUGUUCAUCCUAUGUGUUUUCAAUUCUACUUAAUCCUGCGUACGCAUCCAUGGUGAAUAUUUGGAUAAUUUAUAAAUAAGAUUAACACAAAAUGAAAGAAGAUAAAAACUACAAACUGUCGAUCAUAUUACUUUGAUUUAUAGUCGGUAUAAGGUCAUAUUGUUGAUUCACAUUAGAUGCUUGAAAAAAAUAGUUUAUAAUUUUAUCCGUCUAUACCUAUAGUAACUAAAAUUUGUAAAAGAACAAAAAAUUAUCUACAUAUUUAACAGUGUGUUUACAUUAAUACUAAAAAAAAUGAAAGAAUGGUGCAGAGUAUUUGGUUUACUGUUAUAUAAAAAUUUCUUAGUACGAUUAAGACAUUGGAAGUUAACUUUAUUCCUUCAAGUUCUGUUGCCUGUAUUACUAUUUGCGUUAACACAAGCUGUAAGAGAUUUUAAUUCAAUACCACCAAAGGUCGUUAUAACGGAUACUUAUUAUCCCUUACAAAGUAAAGAUGACUUAUUAAAUUUGAUUAAAAGAAGUUUAACUACAAUAUAUUUUGUGCCAAAUGAUACAUCUACAACAAAAUUGAUGGAUUUAACAACAAAAUGUUUAAAACAUGAAAAGUUUAUUGGAUUUGCAACCGAAGAACAAAUGCUUGAAACUUAUUUGAUUGAACGAAUUAAAGAACCAUUACAUGAAUUCCUAGCAAUAGUUAUUGAUCAAAAGCAAGAACAUUUUAAGUAUAAAAUAAGACAUUCUACUCAAAUCUCUUCUGAAUUAUAUACAGAUAUGAGUUAUUCUAUACCAGAGCACAAAUAUCUUGAAUCAGUUCCAUUUGUACAGCUACAAAUGUGUCUUGAUGAUUCUUUUAUGAAAAAUGUUGAGAAUGUUUCAAUUAUGCCAAAGAUUCACAUACAAAGAAUGCCAUAUCCACCAUAUGUUAAAACAAAUAUGAUGGAUACAAUGUUGCGGCAAUUAAUUUCUGUAUUUGCUGUGGCAAUUUUUCUGAUACCAUUAUGCAUAGAAACUAGUUAUGCAGUCAAAGAAAAAUUUAUUGGCGUUAAUACUUUAAUGGCAAUGAACGGAGUAAAAUUAUAUCAAAAUCUAUUAAGCUGGCUUACCACUGGCUGUUUAUUCAGUAUUUUGUAUGUGAUACCAUUAAUAGUAUUAUUUAAAAACACAUUUUCUACCCGUGUAGAUCCGUACCUGUAUUAUAGUAAUGCAUUCUUAUUUUGGAUAUUAAUGACUGUACAUAUUGUUCAUCUUAUAUCAUUUGGUAUGCAUAUUGCUGCAUACUUUUCAAAACCUGUUUUUGUGGUUAUUAUUUUGUCAAUUAUAUACACUGCUUCAUCUUCUCUUUAUGAAAAUUUGAUGCGAGAAAAUUUGUUUUGUAUUAUACCAUAUUUUGGUGUAAUUUUACCAAACCUGUUAUUGUCUAGAUUAUUCGAAGAAGUAAAUACAUAUGAAACACAAUUAAUUGGAAUUCAAUGGAGUAACAUCUUUAUACCUAGCGAAUCAUCUCGAUAUAAUAUUACAGGAAGUACAGGAUUUAUAUUUAUAUUUUCAAUUUUGGGAAUUAUAAUCCAUUUUAUUAUGGCCGUUUAUAUUAAUAACAUACGACCAGGAAAAUAUAGUGUAAAGAAACAUCCAUUAUAUUUUCUACAGUGUAUGAGAACAAAUAAAGUGUCUUUAGACGAAGAAGCAAAAGAUUAUAAUUAUGAUCAAUUAGAAGGUGAAGAUUUUGAAGCAGUUUCUAAAGGUGCAUUUAUUCCUGGUAUUCAAAUUCGUGGUCUUAAAAAAAGUUAUAGCACUGGUUUAUUACGAAAAUCGAUACUUACAUACAUAUAUAUAUAUAUAUAUGUAUAUAUAAAGACUCAUUAUGACAUUGAAUUAUAUCAGAUGGUACAUGCAUUAAAAGGAAUAUCUUUGGAUUUUUACAAAGGACAAAUAACUGCAUUAUUAGGACACAAUGGUGCUGGAAAAACUACUCUUAUGUCUAUAAUAACAGGUGUGAUAACAGAGACAGAAGGGAAAGUUUUUAUAAAUGGGAAAAAUUUGAAACAUAAUUUAGAUGAGAUCAGAAACGAUUUAGGUCUUUGUCCACAAGAAAACAUGCUUUUUCCAGAUUUAAAUGUGUUCGAGCAGAUUGAGUUCUUUGGUUUGUUAAAAAAUAAAGCCAAAACACGACAACAAAUCAAACGUGACGUUGAGAAUUUGCUUGUAAAAUUACAAAUAACGGAGAAACGAAAUUAUCUUCCCAGCAAAUUGUCUGGUGGUCAGAAAAGACGCAUCUGUCUUGGAAUGGCACUCAUUGGUGAUGCCAGUACUUUAAUUUUGGAUGAACCAACAUCGGGUAUGGAUCCUGAGAGCAGAAGAGAUACAUGGGAUCUAAUAUUAAAAAUGAGAGGUCAAAAGACAAUAAUAAUUAGUACGCAUAAUAUGGAAGAAGCAGAUAUACUUGGCGAUAGAAUUGCGAUAGUACAUGGCGGUCUUUUAAAAAGUUAUGGUACAGCAAUGUUUUUGAAGAAACAAUAUGGUCAUGGACAUAUAGAAGUUGUAUUAUCCACUAAAUCAUGGUGUGAUCCAGAGAAAGUAAUAAACAAGUUUGAUUUAAGGUCACAAGUUACCCUAGAAAAAGAAAAAAUAGUUCUAAGUGUUCCAUAUACAGAGGAUUUACCACUUUCGUUAGAUCGAAUUGAAAAUCAGAAAAAAACAUUAGGUGUAACAGGAAUUAAUGUAUCUUUGAUUACAUUGGAACAAGUAUUUUUAAAGAUUAUAAAAAGAGAUGAUAAUGGGAAAUAUCUCACAGAUCUUUGUACACCUAUACAGAAACUGCAAGGAUGGCAACUAACUAUACAAACAAUGUUGGGAUUGUUUAAUAAAAAAGUAAUAUAUACUAGAAAAAAUGCAGGCAUCUUAUUAGUAAUCCUAUUUCUACCUUUGAUUUCUAUUUUAUUUAUGGCUCUAAGCUACAAAACCCCUGCUCAAUCAUUAGACAUAAUACCUUUAACACUCAACAUGUACAGAAAUCCCAAGGCAUUUUAUUCUUCUGAUAUUCCCAAAUAUGGUGGGAUAUAUAAUGAAGAAAUAAAGAACUUUAGGGGGAUUGCAAUUAAUGUUACAAACAGAAGUGUUACAGAAGAAUUAUUAGCAUAUGGUAAAGAGAAUAUAGCAGAAUAUCAUAAUUAUGUCAUUGUUUCUGCUGAAUUUAAUAACACAGAAAAUGAAACUUUUGCAAAUGGAUUUUAUUCUGGGACAAUGAUGCAUAGUAUACCUUUAACGAUGAAUAUUUUGUCAAAUACCAUUAUUAGAAAUCUAACAAGCAAGAAAUAUUCCAUUGAAAUAUCUAGGCAAGAAUUACCAGAUAUGUUUUCUUAUUCUAACCAAGUGAUUCCUGAAAUGGAAGCACUUUCACGAGUGUUAAUAUUUUGUUCCUUCUUCUUUCCUACUCUUGCACUUUUUGUUAUUCAUCCAUUACAAGAAACGUCUACUAAAGUUAAACAGUUACAACGAAUGACUGGAGUCUCAUCUGUAUUAUACUGGCUCACUAUAUUUUCUUUUGAUUUUCUAAUUUGCACGAUGUCUGUAUGUAUCAUUACAUUAGGAUUUUAUGUAAUGGAUAUUAUAUUAGACAUACGCUUAUAUCAUGUAACAGAAAUACUAAUAACGAUGCUAAUAUUAUUACUUUUUGGUAUAAAUAGUCUAUUGAUAACAUAUAUAUUUAGUUUUAUAAACAAAUCGAGAAGUACUGUAAUAACUAUUUUAAGUAUUACACCCAGUGGAAUUGUUUUCAUACAGUAUUUGCUACAUAUAGUAAUACAAAGUUUCGAGAAUUUAAAAGUAUUGCAUUCGUUUCAAAAACGAUUAUUCCGUUUUAUUCCUUAUGUAAGUUUCUUCCACGGACAAUUAUCUUUCUUUACUGUGGCUGUAACAAAUGCAAAAUGCCGUCGUUUCCCAAGUAAAAUUUUACAAACUUUAUGUGAUACAGGAUCAGUAUAUUUGGAUCAGUGUUGUACAAUGGAUUGUGUAAAUGGAGUUUGUAAUAAGCCUAUGUCAUAUUUUGAGAAUUUUAAAAAUGACAUUAAUUUAGAGGAAAAUAUUCUAUAUUUAUCUUUAACACCUGUGAUAUACUUUGCUAUUCUUAUUAUGCUGGAAGAGAAGUUUUUUACAAGAUUGUUUACCAAAAUACGUAGCUCGUCAUUACAACCAAAUGAUAAGAUAGACGAAGAAGUGAAAAGGGAAAAACAUGCGGUAACAUUAGAGAUUAGCAAAAUUACUAGUCAGAAUAAAAGGAACAGCAUAGAUCAUAAUAAUGUCAAUGGAAAUUCAACUAACGACACACAAACUUCUAAAGAAGAAGACAGUUUAUUCUUAGUUUAUGAAUUAAGUAAAUAUUAUGGAAAACUAGUGGCCGUAAAGGAAGUCAAUUUUCGAGUGAAUCAGCAUGAGUGUUUUGGAUUGCUUGGAGUAAACGGAGCUGGAAAAAGUACUACGUUUAGAAUGUUAACUGGAGAAGAAAUACCUAAUAGUGGUACUAUGUACUUAAAAGGGGCGGAAAUCUAUUCCAAUCGCAAAGCUUACUUAGCAGAAAUGGGAUAUUGUCCACAAACGAAUGCAUUGAUCAAUUCCUUGAAUGCGUUUGAUCAUUUAAGAUUGUUCGCAAAACUUCGAGGUAUACCACCAGAAAAAGUAGAUUUGGAAGUUAAUAAAUGGAUAAAUAGAUUGAAUUUAAAAGCAUGUAUGUCGCAGCCAAGUGAAACGUACAGUGGUGGUAAUAAAAGACGUUUAAACAUAGCGAUAGCUUUAAUUGGCAAUCCUACACUUGUUCUGUUAGAUGAACCUACAACAGGAGUCGAUCCAGCGGCUAGAAGAUCAUUGUGGUCUGUACUACAAUCUUGUCAAGCUAGAGGACAAGCUUUCAUACUUACGUCUCAUAGUAUGGAAGAAUGCGAAGCUUUAUGUAAUCGAUUAGUCAUAAUGGUACAAGGACAAUUGGUUUGUAUUGGACCAAGUCAAGAACUUAAACAAAGAUUUGGUGUCGGUUACGACAUUCAUAUUAAAUUAGAUCCAAGCCGAUCAGAAGAAGAUAUUACGAUUAUAAAGAAUACUAUUGAAUCUUCUCUAACUUGUGAAAUUAGAGAUGAAAAUUUGGGACUGAUUGCUUACCAUGUGACAGAUCCUAAAACGACUUGGACAAAAAUGUAUAGUACUGUAAACGAUUUGAAGAAUAGAUUCGAAUGUAUACAAGAUUAUUCUGUACUAUCAGCGACGCUCGAACAAUUAUUUAUUCAAUUUGCAAGAGGCAUAAAUAUACCUAAUUAUGAUUAUUCACCAAGACAUAGCGCUAAUCAACCAAAUAACGAAUAAUCGCGGCUUAAUUAUUAUACAUAGGUAUUAUAAAUACAUUGUAUAUCAUAAAUGUUUAUCUAUUGCUGUUAUUCUUUGUUCAUCAUGAGAAUAUGUUUAAAAGCACAAAAAAGUUAAUUACGAACACGGAUACAUUUACAAUUACGGCACAUUUAUUAUUGUGGACAGAGAUAGACAUUCUGUUUAUUUAAACAAAACAGGUGUACAUAAUAAAUAUGUGUUUAUUUGUGUGUGUGUAUAUAUAUAUAUAUAUAUAU